GGGGCGGGGGCCCCGCGGCGCAGGCAGUCGGGACGCGCGGCUGCAGCGGCGGAGCAGGAGUCGGAACCGGGAGCGCUAGCGGCAGCCGGGUCGCAGCCUGCGGGGCCCGCCGCAGCCAUGGGCAACCGCGGCAUGGAAGAUCUCAUCCCGCUGGUUAACCGGCUGCAAGACGCCUUCUCUGCCAUCGGCCAGAACGCGGAUCUCGACCUGCCGCAGAUCGCCGUGGUGGGCGGUCAGAGCGCCGGCAAGAGCUCGGUGCUCGAGAAUUUCGUAGGCAGGGACUUCCUGCCUCGAGGAUCUGGCAUUGUCACCCGACGUCCCCUGGUCUUGCAGCUGGUCAAUGCAACCACAGAAUAUGCCGAGUUCCUGCACUGCAAGGGAAAGAAAUUCACCGACUUCGAGGAGGUGCGCCUUGAGAUCGAGGCCGAGACCGACCGGGUCACCGGCACCAACAAGGGCAUCUCGCCGGUGCCUAUCAACCUCCGCGUCUACUCGCCGCACGUGCUGAACCUGACCCUGGUGGACCUGCCCGGAAUGACCAAGGUCCCAGUGGGAGACCAACCUCCCGACAUCGAGUUCCAGAUCCGAGACAUGCUUAUGCAGUUUGUCACCAAGGAGAACUGCCUCAUCCUGGCCGUGUCCCCCGCCAACUCUGACCUGGCCAAUUCUGACGCCCUCAAGGUCGCCAAGGAGGUGGACCCCCAGGGCCAGCGCACCAUCGGGGUCAUCACCAAGCUGGACCUGAUGGACGAGGGCACAGAUGCCCGUGACGUGCUGGAGAACAAGCUGCUCCCCCUGCGCAGAGGCUACAUUGGGGUGGUGAACCGGAGCCAGAAGGACAUUGAUGGCAAGAAGGACAUUACCGCCGCCUUGGCUGCUGAACGAAAGUUCUUCCUCUCUCAUCCAUCUUAUCGCCACUUGGCUGACCGUAUGGGCACGCCCUACCUGCAGAAGGUCCUCAAUCAGCAACUGACGAAUCACAUCCGGGACACGCUGCCGGGGCUGCGGAACAAGCUGCAGAGCCAGCUGCUGUCCAUUGAGAAGGAGGUGGAGGAAUACAAGAACUUCCGCCCUGAUGACCCAGCUCGCAAGACCAAGGCCCUGCUGCAGAUGGUCCAGCAGUUCGCCGUAGACUUUGAGAAGCGCAUUGAGGGCUCAGGAGAUCAGAUCGACACCUAUGAACUGUCGGGGGGAGCCCGCAUUAACCGAAUCUUCCACGAGCGCUUCCCUUUUGAGCUGGUCAAGAUGGAGUUUGAUGAGAAGGAACUCCGAAGGGAGAUCAGCUAUGCUAUCAAGAAUAUCCAUGGCAUUAGGACGGGCCUCUUCACACCUGACCUCGCUUUUGAAGCUACAGUGAAAAAGCAGGUGCAGAAGCUCAAAGAGCCCAGUAUCAAGUGUGUGGAUAUGGUAGUCAGUGAGCUCACAUCCACCAUCAGAAAGUGUAGCGAAAAGCUCCAGCAGUACCCGCGGCUGCGGGAGGAGAUGGAGCGCAUCGUGACCACCCACAUCCGGGAGCGCGAGGGCCGCACUAAGGAGCAGGUCAUGCUUCUCAUCGAUAUCGAGCUGGCUUACAUGAACACCAACCAUGAGGACUUCAUAGGCUUUGCCAAUGCUCAGCAGAGGAGCAACCAGAUGAACAAGAAGAAGACUUCAGGGAACCAGGAUGAGAUUCUGGUCAUCCGCAAGGGCUGGCUGACUAUCAAUAAUAUUGGCAUCAUGAAAGGGGGCUCCAAGGAGUACUGGUUUGUGCUGACUGCUGAGAAUCUGUCCUGGUACAAGGAUGAUGAGGAGAAAGAGAAGAAAUACAUGCUGUCUGUGGACAACCUCAAGCUGCGGGACGUGGAGAAGGGCUUCAUGUCGAGCAAGCACAUCUUUGCCCUCUUUAACACGGAGCAGAGGAAUGUCUACAAGGAUUAUCGGCAGCUGGAGCUGGCCUGUGAGACACAGGAGGAGGUGGACAGCUGGAAGGCCUCCUUCCUGAGGGCUGGCGUGUACCCUGAGCGUGUUGGGGACAAAGAGAAAGCCAGCGAGACUGAGGAGAAUGGCUCCGACAGCUUCAUGCAUUCCAUGGACCCACAGCUGGAACGGCAAGUGGAGACCAUCCGGAAUCUUGUGGACUCAUACAUGGCCAUUGUCAACAAGACCGUGAGGGACCUCAUGCCCAAGACCAUCAUGCACCUCAUGAUUAACAAUACCAAGGAGUUCAUCUUCUCGGAGCUGCUGGCCAACCUGUACUCGUGUGGGGACCAGAACACGCUGAUGGAGGAGUCGGCGGAGCAGGCACAGCGGCGCGACGAGAUGCUGCGCAUGUACCACGCGCUGAAGGAGGCGCUCAGCAUCAUCGGCGACAUCAACACGACCACCGUCAGCACGCCCAUGCCCCCGCCCGUGGACGACUCCUGGCUGCAGGUGCAGAGCGUACCGGCCGGACGCAGGUCGCCCACGUCCAGCCCCACGCCGCAGCGCCGAGCCCCCGCCGUGCCCCCAGCCCGGCCCGGGUCGCGGGGCCCUGCUCCUGGGCCUCCGCCUGCUGGGUCCGCCCUGGGGGGAGCGCCCCCCGUGCCCUCCAGGCCGGGGGCUUCCCCUGACCCUUUCGGCCCUCCCCCUCAGGUGCCCUCGCGCCCCAACCGCGCUCCGCCCGGGGUCCCCAGAAUCACUAUCAGUGACCCCUGAGGAGCGUCAGCCAUGCAGGAAGGGCCCAGCCUCACCUACGCGACCUGCAGCCCCCCGACCAGCUGAGGCUCCCCUCUUAGACAUAUAAGUCUAUGGCCACUGGCAUCCGGCUGCCUGUCCUCCCUGCCUCCCCCAGGGUCCCUUCAGAGGGUCCUGGGUUUCCUGACCACCCAGAGGGGCCUCCGGCGCUCCCUCCAGCCAUCCCUUUUAGUUUUACCCUCCUGGUUCAAGCAGUGUUCUUUCUCUAUCAGGCCUGGUGGCUGUUGCGUGGGGCUCCCCAAGGCAAGGGGUGGCCCCAGGCCAGUGGGUUGGAAGACAGGGUGACCAGAGAAGAGGGAAGCCCGAGGGGGCCGAGCAUCAGCCUGAACUGCAGGUGCCCUGCCUGGGUGCCGUGUGAGAGGCCAGUGUGUGUGGGGUGGGGAGGGCCGCCACAGCCCCCAGGCGCUACCUGUGAAGCUACGGCUCCUCCCUCCAUCUUCCUCCCCUUUCCCUUCUAGCCCCUCUUUUCCAGGAACCUUGCCACACCCACACCUGCGCCCUCCCCUCCCCGGCCCUCCCACCACUGCUGCUGCGUGGCCGGCCGGCCGUGUGCUGCACUUGCCUUACCAGCUCUCUCUUUGCUUUUCUCUCUCCCGUUUUCUCUCUGCUUUCUCUCCAACUGCCAGCCGAUCGGGUCAGGCAAGUCCAUCCCGUCCUGAGAGCCCCAGGCCCCCCUUCGACCUCUAAACAGAUCCCUCCUCUUCUCGGAGACCUCCCUUUCCAAGCCUGCCUGGACGGCUGUUCUGUGACUUGACAGUGGCUCCCCCAGUCCCAAAGCCAGCCCCCUUCGUCUGUGACUUAGUCUGUUGUAGUGGUGAGCUGACACAUUCAGGCGUGACCGUUGGUGAAAACUUGUGCCCCUUCUGUGGUACGCCCUUGCCCUGUUCUAUAAAUAUCUAUAAAUACUCAUAUAUAUACACACCUACACAUAGCCAACCGCCUCGCCUCUAGUGCUGGGAAUCAGUCACUGUGCUAUCCUUGUGGAGUCUUGUGGCCCAACUACAAGAGAACGCUGUCCCCCGACAUCCCACUCCAAAGUGUGCCACCUCCAGUGAGCCUCCUUGUCAUGCCCGGCCUGUGGACAGCCAGCCCCCACCAUCCCUCCCACCCCCUACCAAGCAUGGGGGUGCUGUGCAGGCAGCCGUGUGGCCUGACAGUCUCUACCAGUCCUGCUGUCCCUCGGCUGAGAAUAAAACCCAUUUCUGGAUGAUGGGGAA